CACUUGCACAUGCGCGGACUGAUAGUGUAUUCUGUCACCGAUCGUCUUGUAAAAGGCAGCGGAGCGGUGUGGGUUUUAAGUUUGCCUUAAUUCAUUCAGUUUUACGUUUGUACCUAUUUGUUUAGGUGUGACAAACUAAACUGUAUAUUUAUUUUUCGUGUCAGAAUGAACUCAACUCAGACUUGAAGCGUCUUAGGCGAACUUAACCUGCUACUUAGCUUAGCUUGUUAGCUGCUAACAAAAAGACACCCGGAAGUUAUCAACACAUCGCUAAGCAAAAUGCUGAGAGUGUUGGUUAAUUAGCGACUAACUGCGGCUGUGGAAGAAAUAUUUUUAACGUUAUAAAGAAAGAUAGCAGAGUACGUACGAGGGGGAACUUUCUCCAUCAAAAGAGGAGAACUAGCGACAACGUCAACUACUGGACGCUGUUUUCAAGAAGCAUCAAGUUGUGUUGCACAGAACAGUGAUGUUGUCCAACUUACGAUUAUGUUCACGAUAUAAAACUAAGAACACAAAGACGUCUGUGAAGAACAUCUUUUUCCUGAGCAGCAGAAGUGGACCUCCAGGAUGGAGCAGGAAAAACCACAGUACCCCCAUAUUAGUCAGGAAGAGGAUGAGCCACACCCCACCCGCAUUAAAGAGAAAGAUGAGGAGCUACAGCCCCCACUCUUUAAGGAGGAAGAGGAGAAACACAGUAUCAGUCAGAAUGGAGAUCAUCUUGAAGGACUAGAGGAGGUUGAUGUCCCCAAGAUGCCAUUGACUGUUGUCAUUGUGAAGAGUGAAGAUGAUGAGGUCAAAAGUGAAAGUGAGGAGAAGAGAGAGGUGGAGUUUCCAAGCAGCAGCUCAACUCAACACAUGACAACAGAAGCUGAUGGAGACCACUGUGGAGGAUCACAAGCAGACAAGCUCUUAGCUCCACUAUCAGAUAGUGAUGAUGCAACGUCACAUUCUCCUGACACCGGUGAUAAAAUCUCUGAAGCUGAUACAACAUGUCACACUGACAAAACACACUUUAAAUGUUCUUAUUGUCGCAAAACUUUUAAUCACCGUCGCAAUUUCAAAACACACAUGAGAAUACACACUGGUGAGAAACCUUUUUCCUGUUUAAGCUGUGGUAAAAGCUUUACACAAAAUAAUAGUUUGAAAAUACACAUGAGAACGCACACUGGAGAAAAACCUUUUAUCUGUUCAGUCUGUGCUAAAAGUUUUGCACACAAUAUUAAUUUUAAAACACACAUGAAAACACACACUGGUGAUAAACCUUUUAUCUGUUCAAUCUGUGGUAAAGGUUUUGUUCGAAAUAGGGAUUUGAAAACACACCUGAGAACACACACUGGCGAAAAACCUUUUGUUUGUUCAGUCUGUAGUAAAGGCUUUACAAAAAAUACGAAUCUGAAAACACACAUGACAACACACACUGUUGAAAAACCUUUUGUAUGUUCAAUCUGUGGUAAAGGUUUUUCAGGAAAUUGGGUUUUGAAAAUACACAUGAGAACACACACUGGAGAAAAACCUUUUAUCUGUUCAGUCUGUGCUAAAAGUUUUACACACAAUAACAAUUUGAAAACACACAUGACAACACACACUGGUGAAAAACCUUUUAUCUGUUCAAUCUGUGGUAAAGGUUUCGGUCGAAAUAGUGAUAUGAAAACACACAUGAGAACACACACUGGCGAAAAACCUUUUGUCUGUUCAGUCUGUAGUAAAGGUUUUACAAAAAAUACAAUUUUGAAAACACACAUGACAACACACACUGGUGAAAAACAUUUUGUCUGUUCAAUCUGUGGUAAAGGUUUUGCAGGAAAUUGGGUUUUGAAAAUACACAUGAGAACACACACUGGAGAAAAACAUUUUAUUUGUUCAAUCUGUGGUAAAGGUUUCACACAAAAUAGUGACUUGAAAGUACACAUGACAAUACACACAGGUAAAAAACCUUUUUCAUGUUCAAUCUGUGCUAAAGGUUUUGUACGAAAAGGUCCGUUAAAAGUACACAUGAGAAUACACACCAGUGAAUAGGGAUGGGAAUCGAAAACCUGUUCUUGUUCAGAACCAGUUCCCAGUGUAUCAAUUCCUUGGAAUCGCUUGCCAUCGAUUUUCCGGGCGGGGAUGACGUCAUAACGCGAAGUGCGUACGGCAUAGUGACGUCAGACCUCAAGAUGGUGAUGCCUGGUUGGAACAAACACUAACAUUUUACGAGAAAAGAUUGUGACUGCGCUACUUGUAAUUAUUAUAAGGCUGCUAUUUCAUCAAUAGAGCGAGUGAGCGAUCAUGGCCCUUUUACAAGCUACGAGAUGAACAUGUUUGCAACCUCAUAGGAGGUCAAGCUCACACUUUACAUCCUCUGUUUUCCAUCUUCUAAUGGAAUGGCUGAGCGAGCCAUAAAGACUGUCAAACAUGCACUGAAAAAAGCAAUGCAAACUGGCACUGACCCACAUCUGGUGCUGUUGUCGCUGAGGGACACACCCGUGACUGGACUGAGCAUUUCACCUGCACAAAUGUUAAUGGGCAGAGGACUCUGGAGCACCCAACGGUGUUGCAGUGCUAUUCUAAAACAGUUGAUGCUGCAGCAUGUCCACAACAGGAUACAAAACCUGCAGCACCAACAGAAACAACACUUCCAUCAACAAGCAGUCUCUACCAGUGUUAACCAGAGGGGACACCGUCUACAUGCAAACACGGAACGGUUGGGAGCCGGCAGUUGUCAUCCAUCAGAGAGAGGAACCACGCUCCUACAGGGACAAAACUAAGGAAGAACGAGGACAUCUGAGGAAGAUACAUCCAAGUUUGUUCACUGAUGCCCGCCGGGAUGAACCUAGUGGACUUUUAAGGUACACACUUCACAGACACCUGAGUCAGUUGACCCACCAGAACAGGACUUUCCAAUAAACAUUACCCCUCUUGUGAGUAUGGAAUGUAUGCCUAACAACCACAUGAGAAGUGGCAGAGAGAUCAGACGCCCUGCCGGGUUUAGGGACUAUUUUCCUUGACUCAUUAUGUUAUUGAUCCAUGUGUCUCAAGCUUUUGCAACUCUAUAAAAAAGAGAGAGAGGGGAUCCAGAGUAAAGUAUGCACUGUAUAUUAAUGCUUUAUUUGAAUGUUUAUAUUUGUAUAUUGUAAAUGAUAAAACUAAACAAAUCAGAUUUGAGGUAAUCAAAAGAUGUCACUUGUUCAUUGAAAAAAUGCUGUAUUGGUCAUUCUAAUAGUCAGAUUAAAAGCAGAUGUGUUUGGUGUUCAUACGCUAUAUUGAAAGUGUUUGGUAAAUAAGUCAAAAACAGUUAAACCUACCUUGGAAAAGAGGGAUGUGGGGCAUAGAGCGGCAACAUGUCAGUGCUCUAUGAUUAGACCAGGGGUCCAAGAACUUUUUGAGUUGGGGGCCGCAUUGGGUUGAAAAAAUUUGGCCAGGGGCUGGGCUAUGUGUUAUCGAUGGGUAAUGCAUUUUUAGACAAUAUGAUUUUCCUGAGCGGCGCGGAGACACCGAGAGUAACAAGUGUUACAAAAUGGAUUAGAAAGAACAGAUUUAAA